GGGAUCCCCAGUUUGCCAAGACCAGGAUGGUGAGAUACCCUCAGCGCUUCCGAGGGCAGUUUCACCUCCACUGUGACCACAAGGGUGCUUUUGUCGGGUUUGUUGGUCUGGCACAGAAGAAGGCAGCCAUCACUGAGGGACCGUCACUGCCAGGGCAGCCUGGCCAAGGAAAGAAGAUAGGUCAUCGAGGUGUUGAUGCUUCUGGCGAAACCACCUACAAAAAGACCACCUCAUCCACUCUGAAGGGGGCCAUCCAGCUAGGGAUUGGAUAUACUGUUGGCAAUCUGAGCUCCAAGCCAGAGAGAGAUGUCCUGAUGCAGGACUUCUAUGUGGUGGAGAGCAUUUUUUUCCCAAGUGAAGGAAGUAAUCUCACCCCGGCUCACCAUUAUGCUGACUUCAGGUUCAAGACCUAUGCACCAGUGGCUUUUCGGUACUUCCGAGAACUCUUUGGGAUUCGUCCAGAUGAUUAUUUGUAUUCAUUAUGUAAUGAGCCUCUGAUAGAGCUGUCCAACCCUGGUGCCAGUGGCUCCCUCUUCUAUGUCACCAGCGAUGAUGAAUUCAUCAUAAAAACUGUGAUGCACAAGGAAGCUGAAUUCCUACAGAAGCUCCUUCCUGGCUACUACAUGAAUCUGAACCAGAACCCACGGACACUGCUGCCAAAAUUUUAUGGACUGUACUGUGUGCAAUCAGGGGGCAAAAAUAUCCGCGUGGUCGUGAUGAACAACAUUCUGCCGCGUGUUGUGAAAAUGCACCUGAAAUUUGACCUAAAAGGCUCAACCUAUAAGCGGCGGGCAUCCAAGAAGGAAAAAGAAAAGUCCAGCCCUACGUACAAGGAUCUAGACUUCAUACAAGAUAUGCCCGAGGGCCUGAUGUUGGAUGCAGACACCUUCAGUGCACUGGUGAAAACUUUGCAACGAGACUGUCUGGUGUUGGAAAGUUUUAAAAUCAUGGACUACAGCCUCCUGCUUGGGGUUCAUAACAUAGAUCAGCAAGAACGGGAGCGACAGUCUGAGGGAGACCACAGCACGUCGGAUGAGAAGCGUCCUGUGGGGCAGAAGGCACUUUACUCCACGGCCAUGGAGUCCAUCCAGGGUGGGGCUGCCCGGGGGGAGUCCAUAGACACAGACGACACGAUGGGAGGAAUCCCAGCAGUGAAUGGUAAAGGAGAGCGUCUCCUGCUACAUGUAGGAAUUAUAGAUAUCCUUCAGUCAUACAGGUUCAUCAAGAAGCUAGAACAUACCUGGAAGGCCCUUGUCCAUGAUGGGGACACAGUGUCAGUACACAGACCCAGCUUUUAUGCAGAGAGAUUCUUCAAAUUCAUGACCAACACGGUGUUCCGAAAGAAUUCCU